UACCGCCAGGCAAUUGACUUGAUAAAACCAAGAUUUGUAUUCGCUCAGCGCGUAUUGAUCACUCUACUUAAUACGGCAUGCAAAUUAACUGAUUCUUUUUCUCCUUGAUCUUCAUUCUACCACUCGUUAUGUUUGCUUUGAUCCCGGUCUAACACAGAGAGGCGAUGUAAUGGCCAGUUUAAGUACUUCUGCUCGGUGUUUGCUGUAAUGGGAUCUUUUAUAUUUUGCAGAAGAUUAUGGAGGUGGAAUCCAGAGCGCGCGGAACCUUUUGAGAACGAGGAGCAAAGGCCUUGCUCGUGCUGGUCCCCAGAGGUGACACCCUCCACUAAAAUGGCCUUGAUAGAGCAAGGGGACACGGCGGCGCCCGAGAACUGCCAGAGACUUGUCAUACUGGGCUCCAGUAAAGUGGGCAAGACCUCGCUGGUGUCGCGAUUUCUGAACAAUAAGUUUGAUGACGGAUACACGCCAACCAUUGAGGACUUUCACAGGAAGAUUUACCGUAUCAAAGGAGAGGCAUACCGUCUGGACAUUCUUGAUACUUCCGGCAACCAUCCGUUUCCCGCCAUGAGGAGAUUGUCUAUUAUUACAGGUGACUUGUUUCUUCUGGUGUACAGCAUCGAUAACAGAGAAUCUUUUGAAGAAGUUGAACGUCUCUGUCAGCAAAUACAAGAAUGCAAGACGCAGUGUAGAACUCAAACAGGGGAACGUCGCCGGAAGUUCGGAAUCCCCAUCGUUGUCGUUGGCAACAAGUGUGACCGGGAGAAAUCGCGCGUGAUAGACCCUUCCGAAGCACUACAUCUAACCGAAGUGUACGAGAACUGCCAGUUUAUAGAAGCGUCUGCGAAGAAAAACAUUAACAUCGAAGAAUCUUUUACUAGAAUUUUUGACCUGGGCAACCUUCCGCUUGAAAUGAGUCCAUCCUUACAUCGGAAGGUGCAUCCUUUUUACGUCAGCGGAAGUUCGUCACCGACCGGAAGAAGGGGUAUGUCCAUCAGGAGAAAAAUGUCCGAUGCAUGUGGGACGAUUGCCCCAAACGUCAGGCGACCAAGCAUCCGAACAGAUCUCAUGGUUGCCCAGAUGAGAACCAAAACGUCCGCCAUUUCCAAAGCCGAUGUAAAGGAUAAAUGUGUUAUUCAGUGAUUGCUUUAUCAAUCUGACAAGAUUGUCUCUAACGUUUUGCCAACAGUUCAUCUAUACGCAUUCUUGUGUAAAAUGGUUUUGAUACCUCUGAUAUUUUUAUGAAUAAUUAGAAAAUAUAUCAAUUUGA